AUGGAGGGCUCGGGAAGGCCUGAGGUGGACGCUCCUCUUCCCCCGAGCGCGGCAGUCCAGCGGACCCUGGAGGCCCUCCGACUUCGUGUCAAGGAGUAUGACAUGGCACGCGCCCAGGAUCGUCUCACCAUCGCGGUGGUGCGCGGUGCAUGUGCGGGGCUCGCGGUUCGAGGUGGCCUGCAUGCCGUCUCGUACCUGGCGGGCAGGCUCAUGAGGAGCAGGCGCAGGGAGCAGCCCUCGUCCGGCCCCACCCCUGUGGAGAGACUGGUCGAGACCCUGCGCUAUGGCGCCUUCCUGGGGACCUUUGGAGGGGUGUAUGUCUCGGCCGACGAGCUCAUCGCCAUGCUCCUGGGGCGGUCAAGGACCAGGGGGUGGCGGUCCCUGCUCGCCGGCCUCCUGGCCGGCCCCUCCAUCCUGCUCACCGGCCCAGGGUCAAACCACACCAGCCUGGCCAUGUACGUCUUCCUGCGUGGCCUGGUGCUGCUGGUGCGGUGCGGCAACCUCCCGGGGGGCCCCGCCUGGCGCCGCAGGCUGCUGGCGCCCACCCGCGCCACCCAUGGCGACGUGGCGCUGAUGUGCCUGGCAGUCACCCAGCUGGGCUACAGCUGGAUGGUCACGCCCAAGACCCUCCCCGGCGCCUACAUCCGCUUCCUGAACAAGCAUGGCGGCAAGCCGACUUACAUGUACGCAGCGAUACGGGAGAUGAUGGCCCUGCAGCGGCGUGGGGAGGCCCACCCCCCGCGGCCCUUGACGGCGCUGCGCGGCACGCCCCAUGCCGGGUUCAGGGGCGUGAUACCGUGCAGCUUCCUGCACGAGGGCGAGACCUGCAGCCAGGCCACGCUGGCAUUCGCCCCGGAGGCCUACAUGCGGGCGCUGCCCGUGUACUUCCCCGUCUACCUCAUCCCCGCGCUCUUCGUGCACCGCCAGCGACUGCUGGACCCCAGGGUCGCGCCCGAGCUCUGGCGCCGCCUAGUGCUGGGCAUGCUGCGCUCCAGCGCCUUCCUCACCCUCUUCUGCGUGCUGGCGUGGCGGUCCGUGUGCCUGGUGCACAAUGUGGCGGGCCGCACCACCGGCCCUCUGUUCAUGCUGGCGUGUGGGGCCGGUGGCCUCUCCCUGCUGGCGGAAAAGAAAUCGCGACGCAUGGACAUCGCCCUCUACUGCCUGUCACGGGGCGCAGAGUCCGGGCUGCUCAACCUGCAGCUGGCCGACUCAGCGCUGACCAGGCACCUGCCGCGCCGCCUGGACGUCAUCCUUUUCUCGGUGGCCACUGCCGCCAUCCUGCACUGCUACAGUGACCACUGGGGAGAGCGGCGGGAUGUCAUCCGCGGGACCUACCUCUCAGUAUUCGACUUCAUCCUGGGGAACACAGGCUUCCAGAGCGCAGAGGUGAGGCACUCGCCCUCCAACCGGGAGAUGCUGGGCAGGAUCAACCAGUCACAGCCGAUGCAGAUGGUGCGAUCGCUGUCCUCCCACGCAUUCAAGCGGAUCAGGAGCAGUCCCAGGGUGGACAGCAGCCAGCUGAGCCUGGACUUCAGGGGCGAAGGUGAGGAUGGCGAGCCAGAGAGCCAAUCGCCAGGGCACGAGCCGGGAGCCACCAGAGUGGACGAGGAGGAGGUGGAGGGUUGA